AUGAAGCAUUUGUACGAUUGACUUUUAUUCGGCGCCUGAUGAGUUAGCUCUUUUAGCGAUGAUUAUAGGCGAAGAAUAGAGAAUGGUUGUUGUGUUUAUAUAAACAGUUAUGGUUUUGACGUCUGUUUUUUAAAUUUAUUUAAUUUCAUAGGUCACAGAUACUGGAAGUUUAAUUCAAUAUUGAAUAUUUUCAAUUCCAGAAUGUAAAAUUUUUAAAGACAUUUCUCAUAAUAUACUUGAGAAGGUAUUUAAACCGAUGUUUGUCAAGAAUGAUGCUGCAGAUUAUAAUUUUUUGGCUUGGCUGUUUCAGAUCAACUUAUUUCUGUGAGAUUUUUGCACAACCGGCCGUUUUCGUAGGAGUUCUUGCUCAAGAAAGUCAAGCUUUUAUCUUCAGCGGCAUAUUUUUAAUCAAACCUUGUUUUUAAUCUUGUGCUAUUAUAUAAAUUUCGCUCGAUUUACUUUUCUUCUUUGUCCGAUCUCUUAGCUUGUCGUACGAAAAUUUUUAAAAGGGAACUGACCUAAACACUUAUGUCUACUUAAACAGUUAUUACUAUCGAGCAUUAUUUUCGAAGUUUUGAACAAGUGUAUCUCGAUAACCUUUCACUACAGAGCAUUUUCGUACUUUUCAUAUAUUUUUUCGAGAUUUAGACUAUUUUUCAGUUGAUUUAGAUUUUUAUUUACAUAAAUGUUCUGGUUUUUUUUUAUAAGCACCCUGUAGGGAUAGGCAUGUCUUGUUGAGAUUUUAGAGAUAGGAAACCAUUACUUGUUUAUUUGCAUGUUUUACAUUAUCAGUGAUUUUUGAUUCUGAAAAAGUAUGUUAUAAAUACCACUGCAGCUUACAUCUCCUCAAAUACUAAGUCCAAUAUUAAAUAAUUGCAUUUCAGGCGAAAUGAAAUUCUAUUUAAAAAAUUGUUUACUAAUCUUUUGCAUGCUUUGCAGUCUUUCAGAGACUGAACAAUCGACAUAUGUCGUUACAAAUGAACGUUUCGAACAUUACCCAGGUCUCAGGGAGACCAUCUUCUCUUUAGCUGAAAUGAAAGUUAUCGGACGUCAGCGCUAUAUUAAUGGUACUAUGAAAAUCGGCGAAGAUAUGGCUAGUGAUCAAUUUAAAUUUCAAAUAGAACUUUACUCUGCGCCCAAUGGUGAUGAUCAAUUCAAACUUCUACCCAUGGGUAUAGCACGGACGGCUAUUUGUGAAGGUCUCAAAACAUAUUUUGCACAAAUUUUACAACCUUCGCUCAUACAUGGCGAAAACACGAACUUUCCUUAUGUACCCGAAGAGGGUUUGUGUCCCAUACCGAAGGGUGAAUAUUUUAUGAGGAAUUUAUUAUUUGAUACUUCAACGUGGCCAAAUCAGAUACCGAGGGGUCUGCUGAAGGCGAAGAUGUUAAUUUUCAAGAAUGAGCUCAAUGUUGGUGCUGGUGCGUUGGUGAUGCGUGUAGAGGAUUCUGAGUGAAGAGAGUUUAUAAAAUCAUUAAAAUUGUGAGCGUUGACAUUAAGUUCAAAAUAAAAUUGCUCUGCGAAAUUGCAUUUCUGACUCUCUUUUAUCUAUUUUGUGGGGACUAUCUCUAUAAGGUUUUCAGAGACACUGGUAUCUCUAAAUGAAAUAUCUCUAUGUUGCGCUCGGAAGAGGUUUGAAAAAAUAAUUGUGAAAUGGCGAGACCCUUUCAUCUAUUGCUCAACACAAUAUCUAUGGCACGGGAAGCAAUACUUUCAUGAUUAAUAUUUUUAUUUG